AUUUCUAAUACCAUGUCAAAAAAUUAAUUUAAUUAAUAGAAGUGUAAAUUUGUUGUUAAUGGUAGGGCAAAACAAGUACUUCUAUCCCUUAUCUUUUGUUCAAACGCCAAAGCAAUCCCAGAAUUGCCAGAAAUGGAGCUUAGAUUGAACGCUCAUUCUUCCCACUUCGUCUUCUGUACUUCAACUAGGGAAUCCAAGUUUAGUGAUUCUUACUCAUUCAAUAAAAGUAUUGGUUUCCAUUAUGAUAAGAAGUCGCAUUCCCAUGCCUGGAAAGAACUCAAAAUCGCCUCUGCAUUACCGGAAACAGUAGCAACAUUUGCAGUUGCUGCCACAGUCGUUGGGACUGCCGCUACUCUUCUUGCGAGAAGAACCAAAGCCUCUAACGAUGUUGAGGUCCCAACAAAUAGGUGCGAAGCAUGUGGUGGCUCGGGUGUUUGUUCAGAGUGCAAAGGGGAAGGGUUUAUAAUGAAAAAGCUGUCUGAGGAAAGUGCCGAAAAGGCAAGAAUGACAGCAAAGAAUGAUGCCACCAGAUAUACAGCAGGGCUACCCAAGAAGUGGAGCUACUGCAAGAAAUGCAAUGCAUCCCGUUUGUGUAGUUCGUGCUCUGGAAGUGGGCAACACGAACGGUCUAUCGCAGUAAGAGCCAAAUUUCUCUCCAAUACAUUGGAUGAAUAGGUGCCAUCAGUUUGGGAAAUCUCCGUUUGAAGGGGCAAAGUGGGAGGAUUGUGCAGAAAAUUAAACCGUGCCUCGAGCUAGGUUGUGGUCAACUUUGCUUGAAUUGACUUUUUUGGUUUUGAACAUUUUAUACAUUUUUUGUUGAAUUGAUUUGUACAAUUACCUAUAAUCAAAUCCACAUAUUUAAGAUUAUCUUUCGCCUAUGUAUGGAAAAAAAUUCAUGUUUAUGCCUUUGUCUACACUAGAAGAAAUGGGUAUUACUUCU